GAAAUGAAGGAGAUAGAGACCCAACUACUGAAACAUUCUAGCGGGGUUGACGACGUUAGUAUGACGACAUCAUAUGCUUGUGAAAUCGACUUGUGGCUUGUAAGAUGGAAGAGACUACUGAAAAUAAAAAUAAGAUACUACGCUUGUUUUGACUACUCUAAAGUAGUGAAAGUAAUCCGCCGCUCGGGUACUCAAAACGUUCAAUUUAUAAGCAGUAUGAAAAUAGAACGCCGCCUUCUUCUAGUAGCUUCAUUGAUGAAAAUCAAAGGGAUAGAAUGGCCUCCACAUGAUGAUGCUGAUAUUCCACCGCUCGUAGCUUAUCAUGAAAAACAUCUCCAGGAAAAAGUAGAUUUAUUGGAAGAUCAUUUAUGUAAGAUUCGAGGGGAGCAUCUCGUCCUUGCUGAUCAACUUCGAUCCAAAUCUGUAUAAUCCAACUUAUAUCUUCCAUUGUUAUAGCUAGCACUGUUCUUGUUUUGCAUUGCUUUCUAAAAUGUUUAGUCUCUAUUCAAUAUAAUUAUAUAU